AUGGUUCUCGCGGAAUUAGGUCGAAAAAUUACAUCCGCAUUACGUUCUUUAAGUAAUGCAACUGUUAUCAAUGAAGAAGUUCUCAAUUCUAUGUUAAAAGAAAUAUGUGCUGCAUUGCUAGAGGCAGAUGUUAACAUAAGACUUGUCAAGAAAUUAAGGGAAAAUGUCCGUGUUGUUAUUGAUUUCGACGACAUGGCAGGAGGUCUCAAUAAGAGGCGAAUGAUACAGAGUGCUGUUUUUAAAGAACUUGUAAAGCUGAUUGACCCAGGGGUAAAAGCUUAUCAGCCUGUAAAGGGACGGCCAAAUAUUAUUAUGUUUGUUGGUUUGCAAGGUUCAGGAAAAACUACUACUUGCACAAAGCUUGCAUACCAUUACCUUAAGAAAAAUUGGAAAGCAUGUUUAGUUUGUGCAGAUACAUUCCGUGCUGGUGCUUAUGAUCAAAUAAAACAAAAUGCAACGAAAGCUAGAAUUCCAUUUUAUGGAAGCUACACAGAAGUAGAUCCAGUAGCAAUAGCACAGGAAGGUGUUGAAAUGUUUAAAAAAGAAGGUUACGAAAUCAUUAUCGUCGAUACAAGUGGUAGACACAAGCAGGAAGAAUCUCUGUUUGAGGAAAUGCUUCAAGUUUCCAAUGCAAUCCAACCAGACAAUAUAAUCUUCGUGAUGGACGCGACAAUAGGUCAAGCUUGUGAAGCUCAAGCAAAAGCUUUCAAAGAACGCGUUAAUGUUGGUUCUAUCAUCAUUACAAAACUUGACGGUCACGCAAAGGGUGGAGGUGCACUUUCAGCGGUUGCUGCAACAGAAAGUCCAGUAAUUUUUGUAGGCACAGGGGAACACAUAGAUGACCUAGAGCCUUUCAAAACAAAACCUUUUAUCAGUAAACUAUUGGGUAUGGGUGAUAUAGAAGGUCUUAUAGACAAAGUAAAUGAGUUAAAUCUCGAUGACAAUGAAGAAUUACUUGAAAAAAUUAAACAUGGUCAAUUCACUUUGAGGGAUAUGUAUGAACAGUUUCAAAAUAUUAUGAAAAUGGGUCCAUUUUCUCAACUGAUGGGGAUGAUUCCUGGCUUCAGUCAAGAUUUUAUGUCAAAAGGUACAGAACAAGAGUCGAUGGCAAGGUUAAAACGGUUGAUGACCAUUAUGGACAGUAUGAAUGAUUCUGAAUUGGACAAUAGAGAUGGCGCAAAAUUGUUCAGUAAACAACCAGGCAGAAUAGUAAGAGUAGCCCAAGGUUCAGGAGUAAUAGAAAAAGAAGUUAAAGAUUUAAUUACACAGUAUACGAAAUUCGCUGCUGUUGUUAAGAAAAUGGGUGGUAUUAAAGGCUUAUUUAAAGCGGGAGAUAUGACGAAAAAUGUAAAUUCCACACAAAUGGCGAAAUUAAAUCAUCAAAUGGCAAAAAUGAUGGACCCAAGAGUUUUACACCAAAUGGGUGGUAUGCCAGGAUUACAAAACAUUAUGAAGCAACUUCAGCAAGGAGCAGCGGGAGGACUUGGUAACUUAAUGGGUGGUUUUGGUGGAAAAUCGUGAAAAAAGGUUAAUCGAGCGGAUACACUCUCAGUCUCUGAUAUAAAUCUUCAUAACACAACAUCGUUGAGAAGUGAAGGAGAGCAAGGGACUUCGAAGCAUUAACUUCCAACGAGAAUGAUCUCUUGAAGAGAAUGAUACAAAUUUAGGAGAAAUUUUAUGUUUACGGAUUUUUCUCAACGCGAAAGAAAAAAAUAAAAAAUGAUUUUAUGUACCAUAUGUACGCUUUUCACAGUUUUUCCGUAUUACCUUUGUAAACUUAUUUCCUUUUACGUUCAGCAUCUUUUUUUGUAUAUACAUA